GACUCACGUGUAUCCGAAGGUGCUGCGUCCCGUGUGUUAUUUUAUUUGAUUUUUUUUUUUUUUUCAUUCUGUGAAGAACAUCUUUGUGUGGAACCGUGGGAAUUUUUUUCAUCAAUGAUUGCAACACUUGCCGAUUGGAUUUAUUACGAAUUUGUGGAUUAAAGUGGAAUAAAACGCGCUUGUGGCUGAUGAAUAAGUCAGUGAUAUUAUUUGUAUUAUUUCAGAUGUUUUAAUGUGAUUGUUUGAAAAUUGGGUUUCGGAAAUAACCGCAGUCCCUCCGGCAAGGACGCUAAGGGAAUAAGGAAGGGAUAAACAGGUGGGCCUAACGUUGAAUUUUAUUUGGGUUUAUGGCUGAUUUUUAAUGUGUUAUUAUGUUGACAUUACCACGAGGAUUAAGUGAAAUAGUGAGCUGCUAGAACAGCCGUGGGAAUCAUUGGUGCGACAAUUGUGAACAGAAUUUGAUAAAUAUUUUGUUGUGGUCGGCCAUUGUGUCGUCGUCUGGUGACGAAUAGUCAGUGAGAGAUCAUCUAUUAUUAUUAUUUUUCUUACGUAUUUAUUGAGUCGUGUGAGGGAGUAAUCAACGGUUAAAUUAAGAGGGAAUUAUUUCAACUGUACGUGUUGAUGAUUAAAAACAGUGAUUUUUAUGCUCAUGUUCUCACGGGGUACAACACAAUUGACACUGUUUUGCCGCGAGUUGUUUGUCUAACGAGAGAAUAAGUGUUCUUAAACGUUCGUCAAUUACACGCCUCAUUUUUCUUUUGGUUUUAAUUCUCCCUUUGUUUAUUUAUUUUGCGGUUUGUUCGCCAAUUGGUCGGGAGUGGUGGCACUCAGUGCGGGGAUAAUUAAUCGCGUUCCAGGUGCGAGCGGGGGAACAGGACAAGAACCGUCGCAAUUGUGGGAUUCAAUGUGAAGAAUUGCCCUGCGAAAGUUAACGGGGAACGACGCACUGUCAACUGUGGGGAUUUGGGAAUCAGGAAGUUUGACGACAGUGAGUGGAUUAAACUGGGCAGUGGAGAGUGAAGUGCUUGACGAGGAUUUUCAUGUGGAUUUCGGUGAUUAAUUUGGGGUAAAGGCUGGUGCUGUGACACUGGAUUCGGCGGCGAGGCUACGGGGGGCGAAACUUGUGGGGUGAUGCGGUAGUCGGGGGGGGCCUCCGAGGGAAGCCAUGAGGGCGGCCGCCGCCUACGUCCUGUUCUUUGCCCAUCUUAUACAGGCGACAACAGGUAGCGGAUACUUCGAGGUGCAGAUACUCUCGUUGACAAACAACAGAGGCACGCUGGUUGACGGACGGUGUUGCGGUGGAGGAAGUGACACUGGGGGUAGAAAUUUUCCACCGUGUUCACAACCCUGCACAACAGCAUUCUGGCUGUGUUUGAAAGAAUAUCAGUCAAAUGUAACUGCCAUUGGCUCAUGCUCCUUUGGCAAUGUAUCUAGUCAUGCGCUUGGACAGAAUACAUUUACUCUUACCGAGCCGGUUACACUUCAGCUUCAUUUCACAUUCAGGUGGACGAGGCAAUUCACGCUGAUACUCCAGGCAAGAGACGAAGCCAGUAGAGGAGUCAUCGAGGAGACUAGCUACAGUGGUAUUGUUCUACCUGGACCCACGUGGCACACCCUCAAUCAUCAGGGAAAAAAUGCUAAUCUCGCUUAUCGCGUCAGGGUGCAGUGCGCCGAUCACUAUUACAACGCAACAUGCACAAAAUUCUGCAGACCCAGGGACGAUAUAUUUGGACAUUAUACCUGCGAUGAAAAUGGCGAUAAAGUUUGCAUUCAGGGCUGGAGGGGCGCUGAUUGUGAAACUGCUGUAUGCAAGGAGGGUUGUCACCCCAUUCACGGCCACUGCAACGUCUCCGGGGAGUGCAAAUGCCGUCACGGCUGGAGGGGUGAAUUGUGCGAUCAGUGCACCCCCUACCCUGGUUGCAAGCAUGGCUACUGCAAUGGCUCGAGUUGGCAGUGCAUAUGCGACACAAAUUGGGGUGGAAUUCUCUGCGAUCAGGAUCUCAAUUAUUGCGGCACUCAUGAGCCAUGUCAAAAUGGCGGCACCUGUGAGAAUACAGCGCCUGAUCAGUACCGCUGCACCUGUCCGGAUGGCUUCUCAGGGCCAACCUGUGAGAAGGUCGAUAAUCCCUGCGCCUCAAAUCCCUGCCUGAAUGGCGCGACCUGUCGGGAAAUCGGUGAGACCGCCGAGUGCGACUGCGCACCGGGUUUCUCGGGGCCAUUUUGUGCUACCGAUGUUGACGAGUGCGCCUCCCAGCCAUGUCAAAAUGGCGGUGUAUGCGUGGACGGCAAGAAUGAAUUCACCUGCAAUUGUCCUUCAGCGUGGCAGGGUACACUCUGUCAAUUUGAUGUGGAUGAGUGUGCGCUUGUGGAGUCACCGUGCAAGAACUCAAUAACCUGCGUCAAUCUCGCUGGAGACUAUGGAUGCCGAUGCAGAAGUGGCUUCACCGGCAAGAACUGCACGAAAAACAUAAACGAUUGCGUCGGUCAGUGCCAGCACGGUGCCCUCUGUAUAGACCUGGUGAACGAUUACCACUGCUCUUGCACACCAGGUUACUCCGGCAAGGACUGCGAUGUCGACAUUGAUGAGUGUGCGUCAAAGCCGUGUCAAAAUGGAGGGGAUUGUCGUGAUCUUGUAAACGCCUACGAGUGCGUUUGUCCAGUGGGCUACACUGGUUAUCAGUGCGAGAUAGAUCGCGAUCACUGCAGUCCAAAUCCCUGCAGAAAUUCAGCGCCAUGUUUCAACACCCAAACGGAUUACUACUGUCACUGCCCUGAGCAGUGGCAGGGAAAAAAUUGCUCAGAUCCUGCACUUCAUAAUCCACAGUAUCGACUGGAGGAUGGCAAUCUGGGAUGCGGUAGUGAGGGCACACCCUGCGGUGGCCGGGGUAGUUGCUCAGGAGGGAUAUGCAUCUGUGAUCCUGGUUACACUGGAACCCACUGCCACGAGAAUAUCAAUGACUGCCGUGGCAAUCCCUGUCUGAAUGGCGGCACCUGCGUUGAUCUGGUGAAUAGCUUUCAGUGCAUCUGCAGGGAGGGAUGGAGUGGUGAUCUGUGCGAUGAGGACGUCGAUGAGUGUCAGGAAGCUCCAUGUCGAAACAACGGCACCUGCAUCGAUGCAAUUGCUGACUUUACCUGCACCUGCCGCGGUGGUUGGAAGGGCAAGACCUGCACCCUUCGUGGUGGCCACUGUGAGCCCCUGACUUGCCGUCACGGCGGAACAUGCGAAGAUCAUGGGGAUGGUUUUACAUGCCACUGUCCGGCAGGGUGGGAGGGCGCUGCAUGUCACAUUACAUCACCAGCGUGUGCCUCGUCGCCGUGUGAAAAUGGUGCGACCUGUGUGAAUACAGCUGAUGGAAAUUACAGGUGCAUCUGCAGGGAAGGAUUUGAGGGUCCGAACUGUCGUCGCGAUGUCGACGACUGCAAACCCCUGCCCUGUCUCAAUGGUGGACGCUGUGUUGAUGGUGUCAACUGGUUCAGGUGCGAGUGCGCGGCGGGAUUCACUGGUCCCGAUUGUCGGAUCAAUGUGAAUGAAUGUGCCAGUGAUCCAUGCUUAUUUGGUGCAACCUGCGUCGACGGCAUUGCCUCGUAUUCUUGCAUCUGUCCACCUGGUAGGACUGGUAAUCACUGUGAAAUUGGCAAUCCAGGGAGUUCAGGGUGUCCCUCGCCCCCUUGGGAUGAUGACUGCAAUGCCUGCGAGUGCCGGAAUAACAAGAAUCAGUGCAGCAAUGUCUGGUGCGGUCAGGGAAAUUGCCUGAAUGGUACUUCCUGUCUGGCGCACGAGGUGUGCGUACCAUCGCCAGGUGAAUCAUGCCUGUCAGCUCCUUGUUCAGCGUGGGGAGAGUGCAGGCCCAUCGAGAGUGGACGAAGAGUCGGACCACCUGCACUACCAGCACCACCAAGCUGCUGGCCAGGCCAAGCGGAGACCGGUCCCACCUGUGCUAGACUCACUAUUCUCCUUAGGAGGGAUACACUACUUCCUGGAACAUCAGUUGAGUUUCUCUGUCGUAGCUUCAGACGACUAUUGGCCGAUCCACGUAGACCGCAGUCUGUCGUUCUGCUGUGCGAUCUGAAGAGUGGAGAUAAUGAUACCAUCGAGGUGACGAUAUUCUCAGAGGCCGCUGGUGAUGCUGCUAAGGAUCUGGGGGAAAGCCUCAGCAGACCCUUGAGCAGGCCCUUGGCUCUUGCCUCGGUACUUGAGGUCAAGGUCGAGACCACCAGGCUCACAGGGGGUGGCGAGGGAGGCGGUGGAGCUGGUAGUGGGGGCUAUGUGGCCGCCCUGGGUGGGGUUGUGACCACUGUUAUGUUAUUGGGAAUUCUUGGGGGACUUUGGUACCUCAGGAGCAGGAGGAGGGCCGGCAUGAGCGCUGCUACCACCAGUGAGACGUCUCUUCACAGACACAGGAGUGAUCUUGAUGAGAAGUCAAAUAAUCUGCAGAAUGAGGAGAAUCUCAGGAGAUAUGCCAAUCCUCUAAAGGAUCAGGAUGGAGAACCGAGAGUCAGUGUUGUCAGGCCCAUCAGUGGAAUGAGUCUUGGGGGCAUUGGGGGAGCCGAGGAGAGCCUUGAGAUGGUGUCUGAGGAGGGACGACACAGACUACCGCCGCUGUAUAAACCGACUAGUGCUGAGGCUAGGAAUAAUACAGCUAGUUUUAGCUAUGAGGAGAGCCUUCAUAAACCUUACACCAAGACGAGAUUACAGGAGCCUGGGUACUCGCAUCAACAACCUGGGACUAGUGCUGGGGUCGGCCCCAGGCAGGUGCUUACUGUACAUGUGUAGGUGGGAGGGUGGUUUUGACGGGUAGUGGAAUGGAGAGGUGGGAAAAUUUCCAGCUCCGAACUCUGCUUUUUAAUGGUUUUUCAUUGACGGGAUCUCCAGUAAUUGGAGAUUACGGAUUGGAAACGGAAAUUUUUCGAACUUUGUAGUGAGACUGGUUUUACCUUGAAAUUUUGAGAUUAUGAAAUUUUUUUUUCAUUCCAUUCAACUACAAAUGCACUCAAAACAUUCUCUCGCUGUUUGAAUAUUUUUUAUUCCGAGUUCAAAUGGGUGAUAAAGAGAGCCUGCCGUUGAAGUCAAGGGACUGAAACGUCAGGGUUCAUGACUUUAAAUAGCCAUGUGAAAUUAAAUGAUACAAAAUGUUAUAAUUAAAAGAGAUAUAUACAUAAAAAAAAUUUAUAUUGUAGAAAAGUGUGAGUGAGAGAUGAGAAUUAUGGUAGAAACUAGGGAAAGAGAGGACACAAUAAAUGAGGGAACGCAAUUUCUACUUUAAUGAGAGAGGACUCGUGUCAUUGUGGUGAGAGUCACGUAUGACUCAUGGACAAAUCCCGUUUCUUUUUCUUUUCUCUCUCUUUAUUUCGGUUUUUAUGGGAUUCGUUUUUGUGCUCAAGUACGUCUUGCGUCUUUCUUUUUGCAAAUUAAUGCGAAAGACUCUCCACAAUUGAGAGGACGUUAAAUUCUUUUCUUUUGAGCAAUAAGAGGAAUUAAAUUCGAUGAUUAUGAAAACGUGACAAUAAAUUGAAUAACACGAUGAUUAUAAUUAAUGAUAAUGACAAGUUGUUAUCUCUUGUACAUAUGUACAUAAAGCGUACUUAUUAAUAAUUCUUUUUUUUUCAUUCGUCUUCCUCGUGUUUUCCAUCCCAAGGCGCGAAAAUAAUCAUUUGAAUUUUAUUUUUCAUAAUAAAAAAAAACAGCAGAAUCUUUGUAACGUCAGGUUUGUCAAUUAUCUCGAGAGCGAGUGGAUCUGGAGAAAAAUGUCAUGUAAGAUUUUCUCCUCAAGUCCAUCGUUCGUCGAGUGGUCUCACUGUGAAAAAAAUGUCUGUGCAUUUUUUUUUUCAUCGAGAAAUCUACCACCAAUUAUCAUAAAUAAAAAAUACUGAAUAAGAUAAGAGCUAAUGUACCGUAUCUACAAAUUGUGAUACUGCCUGCGAUGAUAAAUGAAUCGUAAAAUAAUCCUCAACCGUUUGCAAAAGUAAAAUAUAAAUUUUAUCGACGAUGAAAAAAAUUUUUUUUUUUCAAUGAAUGACCUUAGGCAGUACAGUGCGUCUAUUCGCGACAAAACAUUGUGAUAAUCAUGUACGAAGACAUCAUAACGUCACAUCACACGUAUAAGUAUCGUUUAAUUCACCAUCUUUUCCUCCCAUCUCCCCCUCCCCCCUUUCCCACUUCCCUAAUUUCAUUUUAUGGAAAUAUCUGUACUUUGUUUUUAUGUAUUUUUAUUAAUAAUAAUUCCUUUAUUUAAAUACAAAAUAUUUACGACAGGUUUUUUUACAGCCUAAGGGGUGAUUAUUGUAAUGCACUUGCGAUGGAUAGAGAAUGAUAAAUAAAUAUGUACUGUAUAUUAUAAUUAUGAGGCAUAUAUUAUGAUAGGAGUAAAUGAUAUAUGUAAAUGGAUAAUGCUAUUUGAUAUUCGUCCAUUUGAGAGAGAUGUGUCACGGCGGUAUGCUGGAGACCAUUUUAUUUGUAUAUAAACAUGAGAGACUCAUUAAUAUUUCGAAUUUACGAUUUUUUAAUUAUUUACAAAAUGAAAAAAAAAAAUAAAUAAAGGAACGAAUGUGCAAUUUUUUUUUUAAUUUGAAGAACGCCUCGUUUUAAACGUCGACAAUUCUUUUAUUAUAUUUUUCUGUAAUUCUGGUAGUGAAUAGGUUUCGUAAUGUUUCUUAUAUGUUUUAAAACAUGAGGAAUAAAAAGUAAAUAAAUAUAAAAAUGUUUUAUCGUG